AUGACUUUAGAAGAGCUCAGUGGAUACACCACCGUUGGUUCUUUCCAGCUCGAAUCCCAAGUCUUUAUUAAUGAAAGAUAUGCAAUCUGGAAUGCGCACCAUACAAUUUCAAAUCAAGAAGUUUCGGCUAAAAUUUAUUCAAAGCAAUUUUUAGCAAAAGAACACAAUCAAGAGUAUUUCGAGAAUGAUAUUUAUUGCUUCAAGACAUUUUAUCAUCCAUUCAUUGCAAGGUACAUUCAACAUUUUGAAGAUGACAAAUACGUUUAUAUAAUACUUGAACCAAUGAAAGGAGGUCCAUUUAAAGAGCUAUUAGAAGCUAAGACACGCUGGAAUGAAACCCAAUCGCGCUCAAUUUUCAUUCAAUUAUUUAUGGCUAUUGAGUACAUGCAAACAGCAAUGGCUAUGGUACACGGAAACAUCUGUUUAGAUGUUUUUAUGGUUGAUGAAAACAAUUAUAUCAGAUUGGUCGAUUUUUGGGGCAUCCAACCAAUUAAUAAUUGUUCAAACAGUCAGACGCUUGUUUUUAACAAGAUACCAUUCCAAACACCAGAAUAUUUGAAUACGGGCAUUAUAACGCCAUCAGCUGAUAUUUGGGCACUUGGUGUAUUUUUAUAUUUUAUUUGCGUUGGUUCAUCUCCAUUUUCAACGGAUACAAUUGAAUCAGUUACAAAAAUGGAUAUUCUCUAUCCAUCGUUUUUGAGUGGACCGAUCACUGAUCUCCUCAAAAAAUUAAUUUCUCUUUCACCUGCUCACAGACUUAAUUUCAGAGCGAUUAAAGAGCAUCCAUGGUUUGCUAAAACACAAUACAGUCUUCUUACUCCAUUUAUGAUCCAAAAUGAUGCAUUUUCCAUCGAAAUUGCAGCAACCAUUUGCAAAUUCUCAGACACAGAUAAAUUACAAGCAGAUCUUCUCGCUAAUGAGCAAACGAAUGAAGUAAUUAUAUAUCAAAUUGCUAAAGCCAUUGACCAUGCAAAUCAAGUUCACAAUGCCGUUGCUCAUUGCGCGCUUACACCAAGCGAAAGCCGCAGAGUAAGCUUAGAUAGUGAUCAUUCUUUACUGAAGUCACAUUCUUUGUCUUCUUUCGGCUCAAUGUCUUCUCCAUCUUCAUCAAACGAUAAAUUUAAAGUUAAGCCAGUUGCCUUGCAACUUUCUCGUCCUGUCCAAGUUGCUUCCCGUAGAGGUUCAAAGGUAAUUCCUUCACUUCCAAAGAUAUGA